CAGUUAUCUUUACAUGGCGAGUAUAUUAAAGCUCUGUACUCGGCAAUGGCGAACGAACAGGCUAGGCCACUGGCAUUAGAAAACCCAGAGGACUCGGUGGAACGCAGCAGCUAGACCUUUGAAAGCUUUCUUCCUCAAUGGGAAUCGUACAGGAGGCACGGGAGAAUCACGUCAAGAAGAAAGUAGAAGAAGCUUUAAGAAGCAAAAUGAAGACGAAGGCGCUUAAGGAGUGUGACCAAUACACUUCGAAGUAUGCUCAAUGCGCUGUGGGAAGAACGUUAUCUGUUGUUUGGCAGUGUCGGAAACAAGCUAAAGAAUUGAAUGACUGCCUCCAUCAUUACACCAAUGAUGCCGUUUUAGAAGAAAUGAAGAGAGAAUACACGCUCCAACAGGAGGCCAAGGGAUCUGCAGGAGUACUCUAAAGCUCAUUCUUUUCAAUAACGCCCUUUUCAUGGUAUUGCAUUUUACACCCUUUUUAUCAAAUGCGGUGAUGCAUAUUUUGCUGCAACUGGGGUUUGUUUCGCAUAUUUACUAGUUGCUUGUUUUAAUUUUGUGCUGAAGCCGUUUGGCCGGAAAGUACGAGUUAUUAAAACUUCAUGUUUGGUUA